GCAGCUUGCCAUUUGGUGUAUUCUGUCAUUCGUUGAUGUUAUUGAAUAAAAGUUUGUUUAAAAUAAGGUCUUUAUAUUGAACCGAAUUGUGUUAAUUAGAAUAAAUAAGCAUAAAGUUGUGAUAUUUAAUUAGAUUGGAUAAGAUUUAGCGCAAGAUGUUUCGUGAAUCAUCCUAAUUGUAAUUAUGAAACAGAGGGACCAAUUUUUUCAAGUUGCAUUUUCCCAAUUACAAUUAUCUACAUGUUAAGGUUGUAAAAUGAACACAGCAUGUCUUAUUUGAGUACUUCAGAAAAUGUGGGUUUCAGCAGUAUCCCCCAAAACAUAUCAGAUGCAAGUUGCGCAUCACAGUACAAAAUGGCAGUUGAGGGAGUAUCGGGAAACUGUGGUAGUGAAGUAAAUAUGUUUAUACAUGACAGUUCGGGUGAUGAACAGACAUAUAUACCACAUCUCAGUGAUAAUUUCUUUCAUAGUAAAUUUAAAAUUGAUCCCAACGACCUUUAUACAUUUCAUGAUUCUGAUGUUAUUGCUAGCGAAAUUACUGUGAGUCACACUGAAGAUAAUUUUAUUUUCUCCGAUAACAUUGAUAUAAAAAGUAAGUUUCUUGAAAGUCCCAACAAAGAUUUGGACUUGAUUGGUGUUCUCACAAACGGUGAUAUUAAAGAAGAGAUAGUUGAAACAAAGAAAGAAACUGUUAAUGGACAUUAUCCUAUAAAAAAUAAAAUUCAUGUUAAUUUAACAGAUGGUAAGAAUGUUAAUACCAAAGUCCAGAAUACUAAGGUACAGAAUAAUAUUAAUUUAGACGCAAGGAACAGCAUCGUCACAGAAAAUCGACCUAGCAUCAAUAAUAUAAAAGUUAUAAAUAAUGUCAGCUCCCCUUCCCACAAUGUUAAAGUCAGUAUUAAUAGUGUUAAUUCAAGCAAUGUUAAGUCCGUAUCAAAUACAAAGUUGUCAGCGCCAGAAACUUUUCUUGAUGUCUUCAAAAGGGAACAUGGAGUUGUAGAAACUCCAGCAACUGUUAUAAAAACUGAACCCGUUCCAAUAUCAACUAUAAAAGUCCCAGCAGCACCAAUCAAAAAACCACCAGCGCCAAAAACACCUUCAACAAAAGCAAAACGUGGACGAGGGCCAACGGUCCAUGAAGCUUUGCAACGGAUACCCGCACAGAAUAAAGUAAUAGCUCUCGCGAAUACAUCAUGGCAUGCACCCGGUGAAGAAUUAUUCCAAUGUGGUCCGUUAGAUGAGAAAAAGGCAAAUGCAUUUAGACAGGUUGAGACUAGCAGUAGCGAUGAUGAUAUCCCAGAUUUAGAUGUAAGCUGGGGCCCUGUGUGUGUGGAGGAGAGUGCGGCGGAGUCCCGUAGCGCUCGUUUAGCGUUACGUCGGGCUGCGCUCAAGCGACAUAUAGCGCGGGCGGCGGAGCUACGUCCAGUAGACUACAGUGAACAACGCGCGCUAGCCACACUUAUCAAGAAACAAUUGAGCGAAUCUUCGACAUGCCGUCUUCCAACACAGACUGUGAACCACUUGCUGGCAAUGCGCGGCUUGCACAAUGUACUAUCCUCAGAAGAUAGAAGGAAACUACGUGAAUCUGGGUGGUGUGGGGGUGAGAGCGGGCGGAAGGGUAGCGAGUGCGGGGUGUGCAGCGAGGAGAAGUGCGCGCAGGGGGCGCUGCCGUGCGCACGGCAUUGCUUUGCGCACGUGACACUGGCGCCCUCGCAGCGGCUGUACGCAGCGUGCGCGGCUGUGUUCGCCGGCGGUGACCGCUGCAAGCAGCCGCUGCUGCCGCUGCACGAUCAGACGCCGCUAUGCACCGAACAUGCGUGGAAACGAGAUAACUACGAGCAACUGAGCCGCGAGUGGCGACCACAGAAGGCGCGCCGGCGAGCUUGCCCCGCCGCCCCGCGUCCCCCGCGCCGCGCCAAGCGCCGCCGCCGUCUGCUGGCGCGUCGCCCACAGCACGCACACUCACUCACCGAAAUCAAUAUAUGUUCGAACUCGUCAGCAUACGACAGUUCUGAGGACACGGCGAUCGGGGGACUGAGCGAGACUGAGUAUAUGAGGGCUUCAAGUGCGCAUGAACUGGAAGUGGAACAAGUGCCACCGGAUGAUAUACUGGAUCCAUCCGUCCUAAGUCAGAUCCCUGAUGAGGCUUUCACUGAAUUUUUUAACCAAGCGGAAGACGUGCCGACAUUCGGCGAGGGUUCAGAGCUGGCUGCAGCGCUGGAGGCGGUGCUGGAGGAGCGCGGCCUGGCGGAGCGCGCGCUUGACACCAUCACAGACUGCUUCUCGUCAUCCACGUCUGCACAUAGCCCUGCUGCCCCCGCCCCCACCUCUGGAAACGCCCCCGGACACGCCCCCGCCACUGUUAACUCGUCCGCCCCUCAAGAGAUGGAACACAAUAAACCCAAGAUGGCAGAAUCCAGUCCUAACGUGGCUUUAUCACCAAGUGCGCCAUCAUAACGUUGUAAUAAUAAGUUAAGCUAAAAUAAGCUCUAUUUUCUAAAGAAUUAGGAACAAACUUAUCUGUAGUCUCAAACGAUGAUUCUUCGCGCUUUAAGUUUUCGUGUACGUGUGUAGGAAUGAUGUUGUGUAGGUCACAGAGUAGGUAAGGAAUAGACUCGACACUUCCAUACAACGAAAAAAAAAUAGAUGGCCGUAAAAUACUUUUUACAUUAUAGUAUAACCCUCAUAUUUAAUUAACAAUUUAAUACUCAAGUUCUUUAGCCAAAUUAGGAAUGUAAAAAUUCAGCCCUGAAGGCACUUUAAUCGGCUUUAUUACACUUCUUAUGUUAGGAGGAGCGCAAAGGAGUUAAUUCUAUAUUUUUCCUUAACUUUGUGAGGGUUUUUUUAUAUUUCUGGUCAGUCUAUACAAAUAUAUGUUUGGUUGUAUGGAAGUUUUGAUUGUUGGUAGUGAAAUGUUUGAGAGUUGGUGAUGAUAUGGCGUUAGUUGUAUAAGAUAUGUGAUUACAAAAUUACAGAAUUCACGGGCGUUUAUUACGUACAGCUUUAAUAUGCCAAGAAAAGUUAGAAAUUAUAAUGAAUUUAGAAUAAAAAAACAUUUUUUUUUCAUAACUCAU